GUCACAUUGACGUCCUGCAUACCAAACGCUCUAUGGAGAAAGCGCUCUCACAUAAAUGACUACUAGCAAUUGGACUUUUCUCAGUCCACAACCUCGCUUCUCUCUGCACAUAAACAAAGCCACAUUGGAGCUGCAACACGGCGCAUCAUUAGCAUCACCAGUACGGACGAACCACUACAGGAUCGCAUCCAUUCAUUUCGAUGCAGUCGGAGUAAUUACUGCCUUCUAUAUUAACUGCAAGGGAACAUUCUGCUGCGACUAUUAUUAUUAUUAUCAUUUGCCCAUUUUAAUUAUGCUGGACAUCUACUCGCAACUUUUAGGAGGCGUAUACCACAUGUAAAGACGGAACCGCUACAGCAAGCAACCUCCGGUUCGGAAGAGCACCCCCAGCCGAGCCCCGGCGCUCCUGCCCAUCAUCGUACGGAGAGCUCCGCAGCAUCUGAGGAGUCCAUCGAGUCCUCUGCUCACCCUCGUCUCGUUCGACCUGCUGCGGGGAAAUCAACCACAAUUCAGCGAGCAAAAUACCAACCAGAUCAAUGGCUUACUGAAUAUGAACAAGCCUAUUCAGUUCCUGGAGAGGCUGCAUUUUGGUCAACUAGAAUGCGCAUCUCGAGAUAUGCCCUGUGUGCAAGCCCAGUAUGGCCCACCACCUCUCGGCUCCAGCUAUGCCACCCAGACCUACGCUUAUGCGGGCGAGUACAGCUCUGAUGUCAUGAACCCGGAAUACGCCAAGCUCGGCCUGGACCUGGCUGGCACGGAGAUCACUGCAGCCGCCACCACCUCCCUGCCCAGUUUUAGCACCUUUGUACAAGGUUGCUCUGGGAGCUAUGAGGUGAAGCCCUCUUGCCUUUAUCAAAUGCACUCACCCCAGCCUCGAUCUUUAAUUAAACUGGAGGAAGGCCACUAUACAGUGCCUCCUAUUCAGCAGUCCCAGGCAGAGGAUCCCAUGGCCAGCACCUCCAUGUAUUUCAAACAAUCUCCGCCAUCCACACCAACCACCCCUGGUUUCCCGGGACAGCAAGCUACCUCUUCUAUGUGGGAUGAACAUCACCCAUUGCCGCCAGUCGCACAGACUUGCAUGGCAUCCAGUCACUUGGCGGAUGCUGGAUCACUGAAGUCAUCAUCUCUAGCCACCCGCUUUCCUCUCUUUACUUUCAAACAGUCCCCCCCACACACCCCUGUCUCAGGCAGCCAUUUGUGCUAUGAACCCAGCCUAAGCCUUCCUCUUGGACCAGAGAGAUCGCCCUCCUCAUCCUCUUCAGCAGGGCAGACUGGAUUGGAAACACACUUGUACCCUCUGCACCUGGGAAAAGGUGGUGGACUGCACUUCAGCCCUCUAACUAUGGGUCAGAACCCCCAGUUACUUGGAGACAGUAGCCUUCCAUCGCCACCAAGCCGUUCCUCAUCAUCAGGAGAGGGCACAUGUGCCGUGUGUGGAGACAACGCUGCCUGUCAACACUAUGGAGUGCGCACCUGCGAGGGAUGCAAAGGCUUCUUCAAGAGAACUGUGCAGAAAAAUGCAAAAUAUGUUUGCUUGGCAAGCAAAAACUGUCCGGUGGACAAACGGCGUCGGAAUCGCUGUCAGUACUGCCGGUUUCAGAAGUGUCUCAGUGUGGGCAUGGUAAAGGAAGUGGUUCGUACUGACAAUCUGAAAGGCAGAAGGGGUCGCUUGCCAUCCAAACCAAAGAGUCCACUGCAGCCAGAACCAUCUCCCCCCUCACCUCCAGUCAGCCUCAUCAAUGCCUUAGUGAGAGCCCUUUCAGACUCUGUACCACGUGAACUUGACUACUCCAGGUUUUGUGCUACUGACCAGCCAACGGCCGCUUCAGACUCCCAGCACUUACAGCAGUUUUACAGCCUUCUUACGGUUUCCAUGGAUGCCACCCGGGCCUGGGCAGAUAAAAUCCCUGGCUUUAAUGAGCUGCCCAAGGAAGACCAGACCCUCCUCAUUGAAUCUGUUUUUCUGGACCUGUUUGUGCUGAGGCUUGCUAACAGAUCCAUCCUUGCAGAAGACAAAUUUGUAUUCUGUAAUGGACUUGUGCUGCACAGAUCUCAGUGCCUUCGAGGUUUUGGGGAGUGGCUGGAAUCAAUUAAAGACUUUUCAUCAAACUUUCAAAGCCUUAACUUGGACAUCUCUGCCUUUGCGUGCCUGGCUGCACUGGUGAUGUUAACAGAACAGCGCCAUGGGUUGAAAGAACCAAAGAAGGUAGAGGAAAUGCAAAAUAAGAUCAUCUGCUGCCUAAGGGAUCACUUGAACUUCACCAGCAGUCCCAGCAGCAGUGGGGGAUCUACAGGAAAGGGUGCCGCCCCCCUCAGCCGAAUUCUAAACGUCCGAGCAGAACUGAGAUCUCUCCGCACCCAAGGCCUUCAGCGUAUCUUUUACCUGAAACUUGAGGACCUCGUUCCACCGCCACCGAUAAUCGACAAGUUCCUGGACACUCUUCCCUACUGAGAAAGCACAGGGAAACUCUUUCUUUGGCAGCAGAGGGUCCUGUCUCUUCAAAGGCAGUGAACUGAAGCACUUCUUGACAGCCCUUCUCUGUAUUUCUGAGAAAUGAAGAAACAAACUGAAUCAGUAAAUCUAUUAAAAAAAAUGAGAGAUGAAGAUGAAGGGGACAACAAUGUAGCCUAGGCUCUACAUGGCUAAAGACCUCUCCUGCCUGACUGUUUCUUUUUUAUGUUCUAAAAUUGAACUGCUUUGCUGCUUUGUUUCCUUUCUAUCAUUUUGAGGGAGGAGUUAGGGUGAGGGUGGGGUCGGGGCUGGACUGCUAACAAUGGCACUUUUUAUUUGGACAAUGCUGUCCUAGCAGAAUAGAUGGCAUUUCUUUGGCUGUGGUUAGUGUGUAACAAUGCCGAGCAGUAGCCAAGUCUCCAGUGCGGGCUAUUGCUGGGCUAGAGCACUGUUAGAACUACUACAUCUGUUAUACAGCUGUACGUAACAAAACGUCCCAAAAUAAGUUUUCUGUUAUUUUGGGUGAAAUUAGUACAUUUCAUUAUUUCAAUAAAAUUUGGCUUAAAAUGCUAUUUCAGAUAUGAAAUCAUUUUGAAAUGGAUGCCACUUUUGUGUAUUCAUUUGCAGUCUUGAAAGUGUUUUAUAUAUAUAGCACAGAGUAUGUUGUCUUUUUUAUUUCAGAAAUGCAUUAAACAGAAUACAAUAGUAAGAUCAUGACAAAGGCUCAUCGCUCCCAUAUUCAAGUGCAAUUUUUAAAGUGCUAUUUAAAAGAAACUAAAUGAAGAAAAAUUGUUUGGGGUUUUUGUGGUAGAUUGUUUUUUUAACUCUAAUUUAUUUUAAUACUAAGAAGGUAAAAUAAACACAGUAUAUAAAUAUAAAAUAUAGGAAAAUGGUGGCACUAACUCUUGGGAAUGAUAAGUUGCUGUUAAUGAAGUUACUGCAUUUGGUGAGUGAAGUAAUUCGAUUUCUUUAGGAGGUGAAGUUAGGUCGACCAUAUGCUGUCUGGGUCGAGAAGGACGGGCCCACAGAGGGUACUAUGACCUGCCAGGAAGACUUGAGGUGAGUUGACACAAAGGGGUAAUACAGUUUCAAAGCUCUACAAUAAGAGAUGUGCUGGAGAAAAUUCUCAACGGGCCGGAUUUCUACAUUCCGUGUUGGUACUUUUCUAUGUUUAUACUGUUGACGCCAUUUAUUAAUAAGAGAGCAUUUGUUGCAAAAUGUCUUCAUUUGUACAAAUUAGAUUAUAUGCAUGGCAUAUUGUAUUGGCUUCGCCUGUAUUUAUUGCAAAUACUGCCAGCUCCAAGAAUCUCUGCUUCCUCAGAGUUGUGCCAGGAGCUUGUUCGCACUGACUGAAGAACAUCACAAGAGUGGUAAAGCUAAAAGUCUGACAUGUU